AUGAAGACAACCACAACGAGCUCAAGAAGAAGCUCCCUAACUUCGAUAUCAACAACAUAUACUUUUUCUCCAUCGACAGCUAAAAAAUCAAGAAGUUUGUCAACCGACGAUUUGGUAAAUGUAGAUUCAAAAUUUGCGAAAAAACCCACCAAGAAACGACUUGGGAACGGCGUGAACCACUGCGGCAGUUGCACGGACUUGCCCAGUGUGCCUUCAAACAACUCCACCUUCCAUCCCGCGAGUUUUGCUCCCAUUAGUAUCAAUAGCAUCAAUGGCAUCACAAGCCACAAUCAUGGUGGUGGCGGUGGAAGUGGUUUUGGCAGUAGCAGCGGCGAUUGCUCUUCAACCAACUCAUUUUACUCAAAUGAAGAGAUUUAUUAUUUUCCCAAUGGCGAAGUCUUUAGACCCAGAAUUUCACCCGUAAAGAGAAACAGACCUGGUAAAGUUGCCAUCGAUGAUGCCUUGGAGACAACAAUGGAUGAUAGAUUUUCAAUUACCACUGCUAAAGCUGCAACUGCUGCAACUGCUCCACCUAGACAACAACAACAACAACAACAAAAAACAAACUCACCUGCAUUUCACUCGGCUCCCCAGGCUCCCCAGGCUCCCCACGCUCCCCACGCUCUUGCUGGUCUUGAACCAAUCCCAAUCAGAUCAAAUUCAUCAUACGCUGCGAUUCCAAAAUCAGCAUCAUUGCAAAACAUGAAAUUGAUGAACAAACAGAAUUUGACCAAAAACAUUAGAGACAGCAAGGGAGAUAUCCUUACAAACAUCAUUGUCGAGGACCAAAGUAAGCUAUCAUACGAGACGUACAAGAGCAUAAACAGCAGCACCUCGAGCCUAAGAGGGGUGCCGAAAUACCAAUCUCAAAACAUCACCAAAUCAGAGCAGCACAAAUUACAGCAGGAGCCGUGCAAUUCUUCGUCUCUAUCGUCGACAAACUCACAAGCAUCGGACAACUUCAGCAACUCUGCAUCGAACUUGAACAGAUCUGCUAGUAACACGCCAACCACUUCAAUUAGCGAAGACCAGCAACCGCAACCUCGAUUACAAUCACAAGUACAGCAACUGCGGAACGACAAGACUUCCUUCCCAUCGAUUGGGAUUAUGCCUCGAAAAUCAUCCGAUAAUGUCUCGGAACAGGUUCUGGCACUGGAUCUUCAAAAAUUUGAUGCCAAAAAAUUGCCCAUUCCAGGCCAAUUUCCAGUAGCAGAGGGUCCCAGCCUAGCUGCAGGAAACGCUUUGGAAGAUAAUUUCUUGGGGAAUGUCGAUCUUAGCCUACCGGACUCUUCAAACAACUCCGCGUCUUCCUUGGAUGACAAUGAUCAACUUAAUCAUCAUCGUCAUCAUCAUCAUCAUCACACUCAUCACACGCAUGAAGUUGACACCACCGAUGACACGGUGCUUGGUGUGGCGGAUGAACACUUGGAGGAAACACUUAAAAAGAUAUCGGCAGGAUCUACCUCUCCCGUGGUUGGAUCCGCUGCGGGCACCGGUCACUCAAACACCACGGCGUCAGAGUUCACAGGGCUGAACUCACCAUUUUUCAAGCAAAUUUCGAGCGUAGACGCAUCAUAUAGAGGUGUUGUACAUGCGACACUGCCCAGCUCAAAGGAAAGAAGCAGCGAGUCCGUGGCUGCGAAACUGGUUACUUUGGAGAACAAACCUCAUUCAAGGUUCCCAUUCUUUAGUCUCUUUGGCAUCAAAGGCAAUAUCAAGGAGUCAGAUGACCACAUAGACCAAAAGCAGAAGGAGCAAUUGAACUCGUCGUCUGCCAACUCCAGCAAGGAGGAGAUAUUUGACACUCCCAUACAAUCACCCGAGUUGGAACAGUUUAAAGAACUCAAGGCGCAGGAGACCGAUUCGUCCGAAAAUGGAGAACUCAAGGAGGUGAAACUACCAAUAGUGCUGACUCCAAAGCUGCAACAAAAUACGCCACCGCCAACUAUGUUGGACUUGACUUCAGGGUCCGCUUAUCCAACUCCUCCAAAAACAAAUGCGAAUGGAACGACAUCUGCAGUGCUGCCACAUGCCGACCUGAGUUGUGAUGCCAACUAUUCACAGCCUGUGCUUUCAACCACCAAUGACAAAUCACGCGGCAAACUCAUUGGCAGAGAACGUCCUGCUAGCACUGGCUCGAGUGAUUUACAUGACGAAGGUGAAGGUAGUCCCUUACCGGAACCGAAUCUCGGCAUGGAUUCAUUUAUGGAAGGAAGCGGAGUCCAACCGUUGAUUCGCCCUUUGGAAUUGAAUGACACGCUUCCCCCUCCAGAGAGUGACUGUACGACCCACAACCAGCAGAACAGCAUAAAUAACAGCAGCAAUAUAACAAACGACUAUGGCUACGACAAUGCGGUGGAAGAAGAAAAAGAAGAGGGAGGAAGCAGUGAUACGGAUGAUCAGAUUGUCGCUUCAAACGACGAGCAUUCCAUACAGUACUUGAGAUCUCCCAACGCCUCAAAAGCAGAAACUCCGAGAAGCUCAAGAUAUUACGGCAUUGACGCCAACUCCGUGGUUCGAUUCAUGAAUGACACCCAAAGUGAAGUUCCUCCGAGAGCGGACGUGAGGAUCUUGAGCAACAAGCAGCUCCGCAAAUCUCACAGAGAUGUAUCUGAAAACUCGUCUGUGAGUGAUUUCUUUACCAGUUUGAAUGAACUUUCCGAGAACAAAGUAGAGAAACAAGCCGCAGCCGCAGCCAAAGCCGAAAUCGCUGACACGAAUGGCCUUGGCAGCGGAAUAAGUUUGAAUAAAAAAACCUUGCAGGCUGCAGCAGCCAUCCCUGAAACCGUUGAUGAACCACUGAUGUACAAGACCACGCAGUCGCCCAAAUUGAAUGUGGCCAAAUUGAGAAAUAGCAAACAUGACAGCCUCAAGAGACCGGUGCUGAUGCUUGUCGCUUCAUCUCCUUCUUCAAAAUUACCCGGUCCCUCUGCAGACGCCCCACCCGCAAGACUUUCUAUAGACGGACAUCGUGAUAGUAUGAGGCUAAGUCCCUCGAAGUCAUUCAAUUGUCCGCCCACAGUGUCAUUGAAAGAUUCGAAAGAAGACGGUGCUAGCCCUAUUCAAAAAGUCAAGUCCUUGCUUUUUCGCGGUGAGGGCGGAGCUCUACCUCAGAUUAACCGAUCGAAUCCCAUGAGCAAAAUGCAAUCCAUGCCUGAUUUGAGAGCCGAAGUCAAGAUGACAAAAGGUCCCCACCGGAAACUACCUCCACAGACUCCACCAUCGCAACCCAAAAGCACAAGCCCAGUCGCCCGCGAGAGAUCUCAAAGUGCGACUCCUUCGCCAGUGAAAGUGCGGAAUCGUCUUAGUGCCAUGUUAGCUCCAGAAGUGGAGCCCAAACACCCACCGCGCGAAGACAACAGGACAACUAGUCUGUCUUCUGGCUUUAUGUCAUUUUUGCGAAAAUUGAAACCUCACCACGAUAAAAGCCAUAAAGGUGUUGCUGCGGAUAGUUCAAGAUUAUUAUCAUCAUCUGCUGCAACGGCAGCAACAGCAGCAACAACAACAAGAACAAGAACAAGAACAAGAACAAGAACAAGAACUUCUUCUUCUUUCGACAAUACCAGUUCGAAACCAGCAUCUGUCCAGCAACAAGCCAGUAGCUCGAAAAAUAGUACAAGGAGUAGUUCUGCAAAGUUGUUCAAGUUUAACAUUUCAAAAAAGGAAAACCAUUUCACUCCGCCACCUGCGUCUCACCUUGAGAAACCCAUGCUCUCAGCUGCUGCCGGUAGCAGAACCUCAGUGGCCUCAUCUUUCAAACUUGGAUCGCUACCAGACUUUGAGCCCGAGGGAACAGGGAUAUUCGACGACUUGGUGCUCAAUUUCGAUGAUGAGCGUUUCCAGGCCGACUUGAUAUUAAGCGAAUUGGAAUCGGCGAGAACUGGGUUUUCGGCAAGCAAACACGCGUCGGAGCCAUUUUUGAAGGAUGAUGAAUUGACUCAAGCUCAAAUUGUUGAUCAGCAAUUGAAGGAUGAUGCGGCCGAUGAUGUCGAUUUCGCCCCUCCUUUUGCUCCUGGUAUUGCCCACACCACCAACACCACCAACACCACUACCGCUACAACUGGUGCUAGUCUAGCCUCAAAUAGCAAUGGCGAUGAUGCAGGCAACACUGGAAGCAUUUACGUUGAUGAAAACAUUGAGUUUUUGAGACGGAAUACCAUCUGGCCUACGUUGGAUGAACAUGCCUUUAACUUUAACCGCAACUCCACCAGCUCUUUGAAGGGACUCACGGAAAAGAGCCACUCCAUGCAACAGGGUGCUUCCUCUGCAACUACAAGCGUGGCCAACCUUCCCGCACCAGAUGAUCACCAUGAGGAACUAAAGUUUGAUGGACCGUUGUCAUCCUCAUCGCCCUCAUCGGCAAGGAAAAUCACGAACAAUCAUGAUUCACAAGCCGAUGAUCGGGUAAUCAUCACAGUCACCAAUGACGAGUUGGAGUUCAUUCUGAACAAGUUGAAUGACGAAGAAAAGCGCAAGUUGCCAGCCCACCUCAAAUACGUCAAGCAAUUUGUCGAUUAUGACUCAAUGGAAGUGGAGGUUAACGAGUUUGAGGAUUUAGCAGAGGUACCAGCUGCUACUCCCACCAACUCCAACCCUUCAUCAAUUUUGAACCGAAGUAGAGCUAGUGGUCGUGGGGGUGCCGCGCACUCUGUUUCGAAAAGAAUGAACGGAAGAAACGGUGCUGGCAAAAGCAACCUCUGCACCAAUACAAAAGUCAGUUUUGCUAACCAAAUUGUCGUGAAUGAAACUUUUUCAGGAGAAGCGUACAAACGAUACAACAAGAGUGUCACUCAGUACAGUCUAUGUGACAUUAGAGAGAUUAAUAAGAUUAAAAAUGAGGUGAACCACUAUAAAUGCAAUGAGAUGUUGGUGCAUGAAAGUUCUCAAAACAAUACACACUUUUUCUACUGA